AUGUCGUUGCGACCUGAAGAUUUAGUUAUUCUUGAACCUGGUAAUCACGGAGAUAGUGAUAUAGAUGUAGAAAUUGACGAACUAUUUGGUAAUGAAGAAAAUAUGGAAGAAGAGAAUGAAAGGAUCCCUUCUGAGAUAUUUACACAGAUAGAUUGGGAUAUUACGAAUUCUGUUUGUGAACAAGGGUCUACGUUGGGAAAUAGAGAUGAAUUUGUAGACACAUCAUGUUUAAUUCAGAAGGGAAUGUUAUUUGACUGCAAGGAAGAUCUUCAAUUAGCCGUAAAAAAGUACUGUGUCACCCAACACUACGAAAUUGUUGUAGUCGAAUCGAACCAAAAUAUUUGGUCUGUUCGAUGCAAACAAUGGAGUAAUGGUUGCAACUGGAGGUUACGUGGAAGUAGGCGUAAAAGCCACGGAUUGUUUGAGAUCAGUCGACUGGAAGGAGAGCACUCGUGUCUGUACUCAAACCUAACACAAGAUCACUCACAACUAGAUUCUAAUUUUAUGAGUAUUCAAAUUCAAAACAUAGUCAGAGCUGAUCCUAGUGUUACUGUGUCUGUGCUCAUGGAAAUGAUAAAACAACAGUAUGGUUACACGGUUAAAUACAGACGGGUGUGGCAAGCGAAGAGGAAAGCUUUGGUUGCUGUUUUUGGUGAUUGGGACAAAUCGUACAAUGAGCUCCCGUACUGGUUGAGUGCCGUUGUACAUUAUAAUCCAGGAACUCGAGUUGAUUGGUUUUUUCUUCCAUCUGAUGUACCUGGGACAACCAUAUUUGGACGCGUUUUCUGGGCAUUUGGUCCUGCAAUAGAAGGGUUCAAAUAUUGUAGGCCAUUAAUUCAAAUCGAUGGAACCCAUUUGUAUGGAAAGUAUAAAGGGAAAAUGUUAACUGCCCUAUCUAUCGAUGCAAAUGGUCAUAUAUUUCCUCUUACAUUUGCUAUUGCAUUUGCUAUUGUGGAAGGGGAAAACGCGUCCUCUUGCAUUUGCUAUUCAUAA